CAGUUGUUUAGCUAGAUUUACAGUAACGUAUUUUUGGAAUAACAGUAGCCUAGCUACCCAGGUUUCCUCUGCAUCCAGUGACGCACUGCACAGCUAGCACCACAUCCCCCGUCGGUGAGCUGCCUGGGCUAGAUUGAGCCAGUUGUUGGAAAAAGACAACGUGUGGUUGUUUUUCGAAAAGGCUCUUUACCAGUCUACCGACCCCCACCCUUUCUGGCCAACGAUCCGACCCCACCACCAGGACCCAGUUACCCCUGUCCAGCUGGAGGAGGACCCUCCACCACCUCUACCAGUCCAGCCAGGCCGGUCAGUCCACAGCGGUCAGCGGGGGAGUGUCAGGCCAGCAGCCAAGCUGGAGGGAGCCGGAGGAGGAGGGGAGCUGGAGCCGCAGCAGAGGCCCUCAGGGGCCGAGGGCCCGGGCUUCUUGUUGAGGUAUAGAGGCUGUGCUACUGCUGCUACAGAUGCUGAUGGCACCACUACGGAGCAGAUGGAUCCGAGAGAGCAGCAGGAGGAGGAGGAUGAUGUCAUCUCAGACGGACACACGCACAACGGGGUAACUCUGAGGAGACCCAAUGCGCUGGAGUUGCAGAAAGUGACUGAUGGAGAGGAGGAGGAGAGAGAUGGAGGGAUGGACUCUACCUCUGCAGGGGAGGAGGACUUGAAGACUUCAGACGAGGGCUUCAUGGGCAUGACGCCUCUACUACAAGCCCACCACGCCAUGGAGAAGAUGGAGGAGUUUGUUCACAAGGUGUGGGAAGGCCGGUGGCGAGUCAUUCCUCAUGACGUGCUGCCUGAGUGGCUGAAGGAUAACGAGUAUCUCCGCCACGGGCACCGGCCGCCCAUGCCCUCCUUCAGGGCCUGCUUCAAGAGCAUCUUCAGGAUCCACACUGAGACUGGCAACAUCUGGACUCACCUGCUGGGCUGUCUGUUCUUCCUGUGCCUGGGCAUCAUGUAUAUGUUUCGUUCCAACAUGUACUUUGCUGCCCCGUUCCAGGAGAAGAUAGUGAUCGGUAUCUUCUUCAUCGGGGCCAUCCUGUGUCUGUCCUUCUCCUGGCUCUUCCACACCGUCUACUGCCACUCUGAGGGCGUCUCUCGUGUCUUCUCCAAACUGGACUACUCUGGCAUAGCCUUCCUGAUCAUGGGCUCCUUUGUUCCAUGGCUCUACUACUCGUUCUACUGCUCUCCCAACCCCAGGUUAAUCUACCUGGUAGUAGUCUGUAUACUAGGAGUGUCUGCCAUCAUCGUCUCACAGUGUGACUUCUUCGCUAAGCCACAGUACCGCGGCGUCAGAGCAGGAGUGUUUGUAGGUCUGGGUCUGAGUGGUGUGGUCCCCACCCUGCACUUUGUCAUCACUGAGGGCUUGCUGAGAGCCACUACUAUGGGUCAGAUGGGCUGGCUCCUCCUCAUGGCUACGCUCUACAUCUCUGGAGCCUGUAUCUACGCAGCCCGCAUCCCAGAGAGGUUCUUCCCCGGGAAAUGUGACAUCUGGUUCCACUCUCAUCAGUUGUUCCACGUCCUGGUGGUGGCAGGAGCGUUCGUCCAUUUCCACGGCGUGUCCAACCUGCAGGCCUUCCGCUACGCUGCCGGGGCGGGCUGUGAAGAGGACAAUGCCCUGUGAAGAUCCUGCACGUCGUCACGUCAACACACCACCAGGGGGAGACACACAUGCAUAUAUAUAUACACACACACAUAUGCAUAACAGACACGGGAGACUGAUGAAGGCUCAUACACACACUGACUCCCCAGUAGCCCCGUCUCUCUCUGUACAUGUCUACAGAAACCCCUUAGAGGACACGGGAAAAAAAGACAAGGUUUUCUUUUCAGUUGGAGAAAAAAUGACCUCGUUUGUUUUUCUUCUCCAUCUUGUUUUCAAUAACUGCAUCUAGGGUUUUGGACAUUUGAGACUGGUCCCCCCUGCCCCCCCUCAAAAAAAAAAAAAAUUGUGUGAAUUUUGAGUAAUCUGUUGAAGUGGUUGUUCUGAUUAUCAUCAUUCUAAACGUUGUGCUCACUGUACAAAGCCACAAAAAAAUACAAUGUGGGGGUUUCUUAAUGCUCUAGUGGUGGGGGUUUCUUAAUGCUCUAGUGGUGGGGGUUUCUGAAUGCUCUAGUGGUGGGGGUUUCUGAAUGCUCUAGUGGUGGGGGUUUCUGAAUGCUCUAGUGGUGGGGGUUUCUGAAUGCUCUAGUGGUGGGGGUUUCUGAAUGCUCUAGUGGUGGGGGUUUCUGAAUGCUCUAGUGGUGGGGGUUUCUGAAUGCUCUAGUGGUGGGGGUUUCUGAAUGCUCUAGUGUUGGGUAGAAAAGCUUUACAGAAAGAAAGAAAGAAAAUGUAAUUAUGUGUGAAGUAUUUUUUUUCUUCCAUGAAAAGGGUGGGUGUGGCCUGGGGGGACGGGCAGGCUAGACGCUUUCCAACUUUGUUCAUGUAAAUAAGAUUUCUAAAUUCGGGUUAUAUAGAUUUGUAUUAAAUAUAUAUAAUAAUAAAUAAAUAAAAACAUUAAAUAAAUACAAAAAAAAUGUUAAGAUAUUGAAUUUUUAAAAAAAAUCGACAGAUGAUGAGGCAACAACCAAGAAAACACCAUCUGUGUAUAAACCAUUUGGUCAGAGGGGGGAAGUGAAGUGGGGAAUAUAGGAGAACCACACACUGUUGAAGGGAGCUAUGGCACAAAGAGUUGAGACACGUGAAGGGGAGAGGGAGAGCCAACUUCACAACGAGGGAGGAGGCUCAGCAAGGGUUAAGCCCUGGGUGGAGAUGUGACCUGUGACUGGCUGACGUUGAGCCCCAGUCGACAAAUCAGGUGCUGCAUUCUGUUCGUAUUCUUUUCAACAGUAGUGCACUACAUGAGGAAUAGGGUGCUGUUAUGUCUUCACGUGUAGCUAGUAGCUACUUCAUCUCAUUCCAUUAGACUGUGACAUCUAGUGUGUCAUCCCAGCAGUCAACACGACCCUUCCUUCCCUAACAUUAGAAACCAACGUUGGUGCUCGUCCAAACUGGCACACUAUUCCCUUUUUUAUAUAGUGCACUACUUCUGACCAGAGCCCAACGUAAAGUCAAUAGUAGUACAACGAUAUAUAAGGGAACAGGUUUCAGUUCCUCGACCCCCCUCAGUGAAACCGUCAUCAGUGAAAGGUUGUCCGUUUCUAUCUCCUUACCAAGUUGAGCCUCUCUUUCUGCUCUGGUAUAAAGUGACUUUGUACUACGUUUUGUGUGAAGUGUGUGAUUCAUUGACUUUAAGAUUACGGACCAAAGGGCACCCUAUUCCCUAUUUAGUGCACUACUUUUGACCAGGUAGUGAGUGACCUAUGUAGGGAAUAGUGUGCCAUUUGGGACCCGGAAAUAAAAACAGAAGAUCAAUAUUUCAGAACAAAAUAUGCAUCUCUAAAAUGUGUUUUUUUAUUUGAUUUUGAAUGUUAUUAUUUAGUCUAUUAUUCAUUAUCAUCACAGGCUUUAAGUUGGGGGUUUUCUUGAUCCAAUACCGUUGUGAUUGUGUCUGUUUUGGGGAGGUUUUCUUGAUCCAAUACCGUUGUGAUUGUGUCUGGUUUGGGGGGGUUUUCUUGAUCCAAUACCGUUGUGAUUGUGUCUGGUUUUUGGGGGAGGUUUUCUAUUCUCUUUUAAAGGGUGUGUAUGUGAUUUUGAAAAGAUUGAAACAUGUAAUAGCAGAUUCCCUCAGAGCGGUUUCACAACACUCUGGGGGGUCUGUUUUAGAGCUUCGUGUAUCAGGGCUCGAUUCAAUCCAUUGUUGAAGUUCAGCGUUAAAACACGAUUUGACAUUUUAAAAGCAAUCGUCUCGCUGAGACUGCGUUCGUGGUAAACGCUGCGUAAGUCGGCUCAAUGGGAGGUGAGCUUCGGCGGUACGGAUUGAAUUGAGUCCUUUUUAGUUAUUCAUAUGUAUCAGAUCUACUUUCUAGACGUGUAUCUACGCCACGGUGCACAGCUGUGCUGAGGCUGAGAGCCUUCUUUCUCUCUCCACUUCAGAUUCAUCCGCCACACACCUGCUCAGUCGUACUGCUUCUGUACCUGUCGCUCCAGUUUAAACACUAACAGACAUGUAUUCAUUAUGACGAUAUACAGGCAGUGCAUCUAAGACCUUGAUCUCAGUUCCACUGGAGAACAGGGGUCCCUCCUAGCUUGGUUGCCAGGUCCACUAUGUGCUUUAGUAAAAUAAUGCCAUGACGUUGAUAGUCGGAAGCCUGUACAGAUCUGGCAACUAGUCGAGACCAGACAGUGGAGUCGGACCCUUAAACCCUCCAUAUAACUCUGUUGUAGAGGAGUGUGUUUGAUCAUCGGAGUUAAACAUAAUCAGGGAGGCAGUUUCCACUCGACUCUUUUAGGAGGAAGGAGUUCUUCUCCCUUUUUCUGUCCUUCUCUUGGGUUUGGGUCCUUGAUAGCCUGGUCCCAGAUGUGUUUGUGCUGUCUUGCCCAACUCAUUGUCAGACUGUGACCGUCAAGAGUUGGCUCGACGGCACAAAGAGAUCUGAGACCAGGCUAGGAGGUCCCUUAAUGCUCUGUGUUGAGACGAUAUAGAUGUCUUCUCAAUCUUCAGACCCAGAAUUACAAGGCCUUUUGUUUCAUUGUGACAUUUCAACAGAAAAAAACAUCAAAGGAAAACAGAUGUUUGUUGUUUUUUAAUUAUUAAUUUAUUUCUUUUUGUUUGUUUGUUUGGGGAAGUGCAUAUUGUUUGUUUGUUUGGGGAAGUGCAUAUUGUUUGUUGAAGCACGUGUCCAGUGGUGACUGUGGGAUUUACAAUAGGUCUUUAUAUCUGCUGUAAUUGUUCUAAUAAAAAGGGUUUGGAUUCUGGGAAA